AUGGUUGCAACCGAGGAAAGAAUCUCGUAUUACAAACUUCUACAAGCAACUGACGGGUAUGAUGAGAGCAAUUUGUUGGGCACAGGAAGUUUUGGAUCAGUUUAUAAAGGCACCCUUGAUGAUGGGAGGAUUGUUGCAGUUAAAGUGUUUAAAAUUCAACAAGAAGGAGCAUUCAAUAGUUUUGAUGUAGAAUGUGAAGUAUUGCGUAAUCUUCGUCAUCGAAAUCUGGCAAAAGUCAUUAGCAGCUGCUCAAACAAAGAUUUCAAAGCAUUAGUGCUUGAGUUUAUGCCCAACGGAAGUCUUGAGAAAUGGUUGUAUUCCCACAACUAUUUUCUGGAAGUCAUGCAGAGAUUAGACAUAUUGAUUGAUGUGGCAUGUGCACUGCAAUAUCUGCACUACGGUUUUUCGACACCAGUGGUUCAUUGUGAUGUGAAGCCCAGUAAUGUUCUCCUAGAUCAAGAUAUGGUUGCCCAUGUGAGUGAUUUUGGUGUUGCAAAGUUGCUGGGGCAUGAGGACAGCAUUACGUACACCAACACAUUAGCCACACUUGGCUAUCUUGCUCCAGGUAAAGCUUCUUCUAGUAUAGCUACUCUGGUUUUUUGCCUUGUAGUUAUUCUUACUGUUUUUUCUUGGCUUGUAGAGUAUGGACUGGAAGGACAAGUAUCAACAAGAUGCGAUGUUUACAGUUUUGGAAUCAUGAUUAUGGAAGUCUUUACAAGAAAAAGUCCCAAUGACAAAAUGUUUGGCGAAAAUUUGAGCCUGAAGAGUUGGGUGAGUGAUUCUAUGCCAGAUGGACUGGUUCGUGUUGUAGAUGCUAAUCUGCUGAGGCCCCAUCAUAAAUACUUGGAUGAAAAGUUGAACUGCAUUUCAUCAAUCAUGAAAGUGGCUUUGAAUUGCACAAGGGAAUCUCCAAAGGAGAGAAGCAACAUGCAUGAUGUUCUUGCUGAUUUGAAGAAGAUCAAACUUCUGCUACUGCCAUGUUCAAAUUAA